AUGGGUGAACCACAACGCACAGAUUCAACAAUCCUCCCAAUUCAACAAGCCACAGAUUCAACGACCCUCACCAAUUCGUCAACCAUAUCUGAUCCUCUCGUUUUGCACCAUUCCGACACACCAGGGCUCACUCUUGCCAAUGCACCACUCAAAGGAAAUAACUAUGGACAAUGGAGUCGCUCGGGGCGUCUCAGUCUCAGUGCCAAGAAUAAACUUGGACUAAUCGAUGGGUCUGUCAAAGCACCACCAUCAACUGAUGCCAAAUUUCCUAUAUGGCAGCGUUGCAACGACAUGGUAUUGUCAUGGCUCCUACACUCGAUUCAUCCCGACAUUGCCAGCAGCGUCCUCUAUUCUGACACAGCAGCCGCCGUUUGGAACAAUCUCAAAGACAGAUUUUCCCAGAGCAAUGACUCCAGGAUCUACCAAAUUCGACAAGAAAUUGUCGAAUGUCGUCAAGGACAACAAUCAGUCUCCAUAUACUAUACCAAACUCAAGGCACUUUGGGAUGAAUUGUCUACUUAUCAUGAACCCCUCAUUUGUGACUGUGAGGGCCUGAAAAAGCUUGCAGAUCGUGAGGAAAAGGAGAAGGUCAUGCAAUUUCUAAUGGGAUUAAAUGAUUCUUACUCCACUGUUCGUGGCUCCAUUUUGAUGAUGCAUCCUAUUCCUGAUACACGAAGAGUCCAUGGGUUAAUUCUCCAACAUGAGAGACAGAUGGAAGUGGCAAGUCGCCGAGAAAAUCCAUCUUAUUCUCACGCUAUGCAGACUUCGCAUGCUCCGGCGACCACAGGCUUUUUCCGCCCCUACAAACCCUCCAAAUGCUCUCAGUGUGACCAAGAGGGUCAUUCAGUUGAUCAUUGCUAUUACAUCAUUGGAUUUCCAACGGGUCACAAAUGGCAUGGGAAGAAUGUGCAACCCAGGAAUAAGAAGCCACCUGCCCACAAUGACAAGAGGGCUGCUGCUCACAGUGUAGAAUUGGAAACACCUCCUACCAAGGGUCCAACAGCUUCUGCUACUGGAGGCCCCACCUUCACAACCGAGCAAUACAAUCAACUCCUUGCUUUGUGUUGUGCAGGACGUGGAAACGAAGAGGACGAUUGGCCUGGGCAAGCAUUUUGA